AUGUCACUCGCAGGAAAUCGACUCAUUAUCGGUCUCGAUUACGGGACAACGCAUUCAGGUAUUUCAUACGCCCUGGUAGGACGUGACCAGCACGUAAUCAAUGCCAAUGCUUCGCGCAAUGACCAGCCCGGCGCAAAUAUCAUUAAUGUCACGUCUUGGUCGAGAACAAACGCUCCCAAAAUACCGAGCGUCAUCUCCUAUGCACCAGCGGACGGUCACGAAGCGCAAUGGGGUGCUGAAACUAGCAGAACCGGGAUCGAGAUGAUAUGGACCAAACUCCAACUUGAGGAACAGGAUCGCUUGGAUGAACUCGAUCUAUUGUUGAAAGCUCUGGACGGAAUGGCGAACCUGAACCUCAACGCAAUCGUGGGCAGUAGAGGCCUGCCUUCGUAUCCGGCAAAGGAGCCCGUGGGUAUCGUGACUGACUACUUGUCUCGCCUCUGUGCACACUUUGUUGACAAGGAGCUGACGGGUGGUCACGGUCGUAUUGGGCUUCACUUACUGCGACGCACUCCUGUCGAUAUCGUGCUGACGUGUCCCAUCGAAUGGUCAGACUCGGCGAAAGCCCAAACUUUUCAUGCUAUCACUCGUGCCGGCUUUGACAAGAAAUAUUUCCCGAGACUGAAUGAGAUUAUACUGGCGAGCGAGCCAGAAGCUGCAGUCCUGUUUGUUCUAAAAUCCAUUCAGCACGAAGACGACGCGGCUCCAGUAAAAGUCGGAGACUGCAUUGUGCAUUGUGAUGCCGGAGGGGGAACGGUGGAUGUGGGGUCUUUCCGAAUAAAACAAGUAGAACCAGAUCUGGUAUUGGAGGAUAUCUGUCUCGGAGCCGGCAAAAAGGCCGGAGCAACGUUCGUCGACCGCGGGUUCCUUAGGGUCCUGUGGAACAAACUUGGCGCGGAGAACUAUGAGGUUCUAGCUGGGGGGACGCUCGAGACUUCAAUCGGCAGCCACUCAGCCCGCAGUCCUGAAUUAGCUUCGAUUAUGGAGGACUGGGAAGAGGAGAAAAGAAGCUAUAACGGUCAAGCCGACCAUGAGAAGGACUUCUAUCUGCCACGGAAACUGCACCAUCUUGAACGCCCAGAGCAUGGGGUUUGCGAUGGACGGGUGCGGAUCACGGGCCAUGACCUCCGAGAAGCGUUCAAGUUCUCGAUUGACAGCACCAUUGAAUUGAUUACUGGUCAAAUUGGCCAAGUAGAGUGUCUGGGCUGGGGAGUCAAGUUGGUCACUCUGUCCGGAGGCUUCGCUCGCUCAGACUAUCUGUUCAAUGAGGUCAAGCAUGAGAUCUACAGAACCAGAGGCAUCCACAUAAGGAAACCCAUCGAUGACAACGAUUGUUGGGCUGCUGUUGCUCGAGGCGCCGUGCUAUACGGUCUCAAACAUGAUACAUCGCGAUUCAUCUACAUGCGCGCAUGUCUACGGAAUUACGGGAUGAGAGUCUCCCAGCAGUUUUCAGCGUUCAAGCAUUCCGCAAGAAGAACCACGUAUCAAGACCCGUUCGAUGGCAAUACCAAAGCCGGGGAUCAGAUGGUCUGGCUCAUCAAGCGGGGAGACCUCAUUCUGUCCAACAAAGGCAACUAUUCGUCUGUUCACAUUUGUCGCAGAUUUGGCGCCGACGACAACAGAUUCUUUACAACGGCGUUGCUGGCGAACGACGAUGACGAAGCGCCUGAGGGACAUCUUCACAACGAGACGAACGAGGUGGCGAGGCUACGCUAUGAUCUUAGCGUUAUCCCCGAAAGGGACUUCGACAGAAUGAGGAUGUCAAAUGGCAGAAAUUGGUACUACCAAGCCAAUCUGACGUUUCACUUGCUGGUCCACGCCGAUGUCCAAUUCUGGGUCACUUUUGGAGAAAACGAAUUGGCUAGGGUGACAUUUCCAUAUGUGUGA